CUUCAAUGCAUUUGUAGCGGAGAAAGUCUUGAAAAUACUAUGAGUCUGGACUGACUUCGAGAUAGGAGCCUGGAGGAUGUCGAUUGAGACAGAAGCUCUGCUGCAGGAAGCGAAGGAGAGCAUCGAGGCAGCGCAGAACUACAGGGCUGAGCUGCAGCAACGUCUGCAUGGCCUCAGCCAGGCCCGCAAACAGGUGCGGGGCAGCUCCAGUCAGACGCGGGAGGCCCUGAAGCGGCACUUCCAGGAGCUGCAGGUGAUGGUGACGCGUCUGCUGAGCGAGCGUCUGGCCGGCCUGCUGCAGGAGGUGGACGCCAUCGAGCAGGACAGCGUGCGGCCGCUCGACGACUGCCAGAAGCUCAUCGAGCAGGGCGUCAGCACCGCCGACGAGCUGCUGAAGGAGGGCGAAGCUGCGAUCCGCUGUGGCGUAGCGGGGGAGGAGGACACGCUGGGCAGAUUCACCAAGAAGGCCCUGCAGAUCCAGCUGGACAGUCUCCCGGAGGUGCCGGCGCUGGUGGACGUGCCCUGUCUCUCCGCGCAGCUGGACGACUCCCUGCUGCAGACGGUGCGUGAGCGGGUGGGCAGGCACGGCAGCGUGGCGUCUCACCCCCCCGUGCAGAUCGAGGAGCUGGUGGAGCGGCCCGGGAGCAUGCUGGUGCGCUGGUGCAAGGUGGACGAUGACUUCGCGGUGCAGGACUACCGGCUCCAGUUCCGCCGCAGCCCCUCCUCUCAGUACGAGGACGCGUACAUCGGGAAGGACAAUGAGUACCUGGUGCUGCACCUGGACCCCCACACCGACCACCUGUUCCGCGUGUGCGCCAGGGGGGAGGGGCGCACCGAGUGGAGCCCCUGGAGUGUCCCCCAAACGGGCUACACCACGCUACCACCGCACGAAUGGUGUCCCGGCACAGACGGCUACAUCCUCAGCAGCCGGCGGAACAUCGCCAUGCGCAGUGACUCCGCCCCCUCCCACGCCGGCAUCCUGUACUCCAAAACAGCCACCUACUUCAGCGGGCAGACCCUCACCUUCAAGUUCACGGCGGCUGGACUGGGAGACAGGCGGGACAGCGUGGGGGUGUGUGUGGACAACGAGAGGGGGACUGAGUCCCUGCAGAGGGACAAGGCCGUCUGCAUCUCCACCAACGGCGCCGUGUUUGUGAACGGGAAAGAGAUGACCAAUCAGCUGCCGGCAAUCUCCACGGGCUCCACCGUGACCUUUGACAUGGAAGUCGUCAACCUCUUCCCCGUCAGCAACAGCUUCAGCGACGGCGCCAGCUUCAAGCUGCGGGUGACCAUUGGCUCGGGGAACAGGGAGGUGGUGUUCGAUUGGCUGCUGGAUCAGAGCGUGGACUGCCUGUUCUUCGGCUGCUCCUUCGCGCACCCCAACUGGAAGGUCCUGGUCUUCUAACCCCCACCCCCACCAUCCCCUCCCCGAAAAAAUCCAACGUCGCCUCAACUCACCGGGACGGGAACAAGGAAGCACCAAGGAAGACCACGAGGCAUCAAGAACGCGCUUUUAAAUUACUCCCCCCCUGACGUGAGGGACAAAAGUGUCAGCCAUUUUGUUUACAGAUUUAACUCCACAAAAAAAAAAAACAUUGGUGGGCCCCAGCCCGUUUACCUGAGCCUAUUUGGUAACUGUUAGCAUAGCAUCUGCACGCCUGCAAAACGCUUGCUUUAAAAAAAUUUUUGGUGGGGUGGGAUGGGGUUAUGAAGCUGAGGACCCCCCCGCUCCCCCCUCUCCCCCCCCCCAAGAGCCAUGUUUCCAUAGCAACAGGUUUACACUCCUGGGAAUGAACAACUCUGCUGUUACUCAGUCAGUCAUCUGGGUGGGUCAGUAAGGGAGUGCAGUACUGCUACAGACCUCUAGGGUUAUUUAUAUAGUUUACUUUUUGAAAAAUCUUUUGCUGAGACAAUCUUAACAGUAUUUACAGAUGUUUUAACUUCCUUUCCAACUUUUUACGGCAAAGUACCGUCACAGAACAGGGUCAAACGCGUCACUCUUCAAAUACCCUAAGAUAAUAAAAAAAUACUCCUUUAGCUCACUUAAGAGUUUUCAGUGAAUCUUGGUACUGACCACAGUGUACAAUGAAUGAUUUUUGUGUAAAUGUCUUAAAAUAGUUGGUUAUUUUCAGGACGCUACUGGUGCCUAAAGCGUUCAGUAUUUUAAAUGAAUCUGAUCUAACUUUACUGCUCACUCACUGCCCACUGCCAAGAAUGGGUAUGUGUAUAUCUAGUUCAGGGGGUGCACAACCCAAUCCAUUAUCAAUUUGACUCCAUCCUAUCUUAUCUGAUAUGUGUAUGAUUACCGGCUACAGCUGGAGACUGCAAGUGUAUCCUAAUGAUUUUACUGUGCUCAAGUACAGGCUUGAACCAGGGCAAUUUAUAGAGCUGUCGGCAAAUUAAAAAGGCAAUUGUUGGAACAAAAACCAGUACAGACCGGUCCCAGAGGACUGCAGUUGUGGACCCCUGAUUUAGUCUAACCUGGAGCACAUUAGCACGUCUUUAAAACCCUUGACACACGGUGCGUAUAUACUUGCGGUUAGCUAAAUGCUGUUAUGUUUGGAACGAACAGGGUGGACACAUCUUCGUAGAUGAGUUAUACAUUUGAUCAUCAAAGCUGGAACGUGGAACAGGUACCUUCUCCACCUGGUCCCGCCCCCCCCCCCCCGCCUCUCCUCACAGGUACCUUCUCCACCUGGGACUGGGCCAGUCUGCCAAGACAAAACGUCAAACGUACCAUUCGCACCUUCGCUGGAAAAUGGAUGUAUUUUUACUGAAUGUUCGUUGUAUUGAGAUACUUACCUCACCCUUUGCCUGUGUUCACUAAAAGCAUAUGUUAAUGUGUCUUGAGAGCCACGGAUGUUUGCAUUUCAAUAAAAUUGGUGGCCAAAGUGUC